AUGCGUCCUUCCACAGCUUUACUAACGUUUUGUUAUCUCGUCCCUCUCGUUGUGGUGUCACCUCUGGAUGUCUACAAAAGCAACUCCAUCAGCAUCCCGCUGAGUAGAAUAUCCAGAGACACGACCAUAGAAGACGUGAAGGCACAUCUCACGACCGUUUCUCAUAAGUACGACAUCACCUUACGCAAUUAUGCGCUGAACACAGGCUUGCCUCACUCCUUGAGCAAUCGCGGUCCACCUUACAAACUCGGCGAACGUAGCACAGGGUCUCUAACCGGUGACGGAAACUCUGUCCCCCUAAAGAAUCAGUGUCAAUUUAUGGUAUGGCUCCAUCGCUGUUGGGGAGCCUCCGGAAUAAUUCACAGACCUGUUCCUCUGUUCCGUGCGAUGCGAUCUCUCCUGCGCCAGGCGUCGGCGUAUGGAAAUAGAACGGAGAUGAGCGGCGAUGAAUACACAGACGUGGUGGAGUUGGCUGGAUACAGGGUGAUAAACCAAACACUUGGUGCCACGGACACGUAUUAUUCUGACUUUGCUGCUUCCAAUGCGCCUGAUGGGCUCGCUGGAUUUGCCUUCCAAGAGAUUUCUUCAUACGGUGCCGCGCCCCUUUUCCAGACCCUCGUGGACAGCCAUAUCCUGCACCAAAACGUGUUCGGAGUCUCUUUAUCCACUCAGAAGGACGAUAUGAUCUUCGCAUCGGAGGAUCGAACCCGGCAAUGUACGAACCAGACACUUACGAUUGUCCCGGUCACAGUCAAAGGAUACUGGGAGAUCCAACUCGGCGGGCUCUCCCGGAAUGGAGAGGAUAUGAUAGUCCCUACUGACAAAGCACAGGCUAUCGUGGACGCGGGGACGGCCUUCAUCGUCACGAAACCAGACAAUGCCGUGAAGUACUACGAGAACAUCAAGGGCGCAAGGGCCGUCGAUGAAAUUCCUUGUGAUACGAUCGGAUUAUUUGCACCAACUUUGGCAUUUGGCGAACGGUUGUUCCCUGUCUCGUCAAGUACGUUCAACCUAGGGCCCGUUCACGAAGGCUCUUCGUAUUGCGUCGCCGGCCUUACUGGCAUGCCUGGGAUGGGAGGUCGGUUUCGCAAGGCUGAAAUUGUCGAGGGAAGUACGGAUUGCAGCUGGAGGACUCAAGUUUGA